ACAUAGAACGUUCCACCCCAAACCGUAUUUUACAACAUUUUCCCCUUUUCGUGACAGCCGUCUUUUUCCAUACAGAUGUGUCAGCCAGCCAGUGAGAGCGAAGGAAGGAGGCGGAGGAAGGAAUGCAGCAGGAUGCUUUUUAACAUCAUGGCUGUCAAACCCAGUGGCGAUUUGGAAAGAAACAUCUAGCUUCAUGUAAGACUCGGGACGAGGACAAGCACCAUGUCGGCUGCAGUCGUCGCGGUGUGGCUGGCGACGGUGCUCACCAUCUUGUCGAGGUCCCACGCAGACCGUAACGUGUACCCGUCGGCAGGAGUGUUGUUUGUCCACGUCCUGGAAAGAGAAUACUUCAAAGGGGAAUUUCCUCUCUACCCCAAAUCAGGUGAUGCCGCCAGCGACCCCAUCACUUUCAACACCAACCUGAUGGGUUUCCCGGACCGACCCGGCUGGCUGCGCUACAUCCAGAGGACUCCUCACAGCGAUGGUGUGCUCUACGGCUCCCCCACCGCCGAGCAUGUGGGCAAGCCCACAGUCAUAGAGAUUACCGCCUAUAACCGACGCACUUUCGAGACGGCACGGCACAACUUGGUCAUAAACAUCAUGGCCACCGAGGAGUUCCCGCUGCCCUACCAGGCUGAGUUUUACAUCAAGAACAUGAACGUCGAAGAGAUGCUGGCCAGCGAGGUGCUGGGGGACUUCCUGGGUGCCGUAAAGAACGUAUGGCAGCCCGAGCGCCUGAACGCUAUCAACAUCACGUCAGCGUUAGACCGCGGCGGGCGUGUGCCACUGCCUAUUAAUAACCUCAAGGAAGGCGUGUACGUGAUGGUCGGCGCCGACGUUCCCUUCUCGUCGUGCCUGCGCGAGGUGGAGAGCCCUCACAACCAGCUGCGCUGCAGCCAGGAGAUGGAGCCCGUCAUCAGCUGUGACAAGAAGUUCCGAGCUCAGUUUCACAUCGACUGGUGUAAAAUCUCUCUGGUCGACAUCAACAAAGUAGCCCCGGUGUACGUCACACGUGUCGAACCAGGCCCCGGCAUCCUGCCUGAAUUUGGGGAUUACAACCCCCCGUCUGAGUCCCUGAAGAGCCGGGACUACUUCACAGACUUCAUCGUUACGCUGGCUGUCCCCGCUGCGGUGGCGGUCGCUCUCCUCUUCAUCCUCGGCUACACUAUGUGCUGCCGAAGGGAAGGGGUGAAAAAAAGAAACAUGCAAACAUCAGCCAUCCAGCUGGUCCACCACAGCUCCAUCCAAAAGUCCACCAAAGAGAUGCGCAGCAUGUCUAAGAACCGGGAAAUCUCGUGGCCGCUCUCCACGCUGCCCGUCUUCAAUCCGGUCAGCGGUGAAGUGGUCCCGCCCAUCCACCCGGACAGCUAUGAGACCACCAGCAUGCCACUCAUGCAGACGCAGACGAACCUGCAAAAUCAGAUUACUAUACCACAACAGCAGCCAUCAGGAGAUAACUAUGUCUUGUCCACAUUUAGAAGGUUGGAGGUAAAUGGUAUUCCUGAGGAGAGAAAGGUGGCCGAAGCACUGAAUUUGUAACUGAAAAAUUCCAUGUUGUUUGUGCCAAUCUGCAUGCCUCCAAAGUGUCUUAAAGGGAACUUAGCCUCCAUACGCGUUCACAUUUCAAUAGUGUUGUUUGUUUGGAAAAAGUAAUGCGUAUUUAUACAUUCUUUGCACAAGGAGUUUUACAUUAAAUGCACACAAUAUUAAUAAAUUCAUUCAAAUUCAA